GUCAUACAGGUCUAUUUACGAACGGGGAAAUAACGGGGAACUGGGAGUGAAAAAAGUACCGUUUUGGAAUUACGUCUUUGUGGAAAAUAUGGAGUUUCUCAUAGGAAGCCCCUUCUCUUCUCCUGUUGGACAACGAAUUGAACGAGCCACCAGCGCCGCGCUGCAUGCAGAGGACUGGGCCCUUAACAUGGAGAUAUGUGACAUCAUCAACGAGACUGACGAAGGACCCAAAGAUGCAGUUAGAGCCAUAAAGAAGAGGAUUGUUGGUAAUAAGAGCUUCAGGGAGAUCAUGUUGGCUCUGACAGUUCUGGAGGCAUGUGUAAAGAACUGUGGCCACCGGUUCCAUGUUCUAGUGGCGUCCCAGGACUUUGUGGAGGGGGUUCUGGUCCGAGCCAUCCUGCCCAAGAACAACCCUCCCACCACCCUACACGACCGGGUGCUGAGCCUCAUACAGGCGUGGGCCGAUGCGUUCCGUAGCUCUCCCUCUCUGGGAGGUGUGGUCUGUGUGUACGAGGAUCUGAGGAGGCGGGGCCUGGAGUUCCCUAUGACCGACCUGGACGCCCUCUCCCCCAUCCACACCCCCCUCAGGAGCAUUCCAGAGAACGACUCCUCUGUUACAGUGCCAGCUCCACCGCCUCAGAGUCAGACUCCCCGUGGCCCUGCUGCCUCGUCCCCUACCCAGGCUGCACUGACUGCCGUGCCCCCACAACUCAGCGACGGACCCGUCUCCAUCUCUCCUGAACAGGCCCAGAAGCUGAGAGCUGACCUGGCUCUGGUCAGGGGGAACUUGACUGUGAUGACUGAGAUGUUGAACCAGUUGACGCCUGGACAGAGCCCGCAGGAGGACUCAGAGCUACUGCAGCAGUUGUACCAGGUGUGCAGGGAGAUGCAGAGCCGUGUGGUGGAGCUGAUCCCCAGGCUGCUGGACGAGGGCCUCAUAGAGGAGCUGCUGGUCGUCAACGAUGACUUAAACAAUGCCUUCCUCCGCUACGACAGGUUUGACAGACUCAAUAAGGCCCAGAGAACAGCUACAGAGCAGCAGACUCCUGCCAGGGCCAACCUCAUUGACCUCAGCCCUGUGCCCCAGUCCCUCAGCCAACCAGAAACCACCUCUGUGGCCGCCAGCCAACCCGCAUUCAGCGCUCCCUCCAAUCAGAGGCAGGCAGCCAACCACACCUGUCUCUGUGCGUCAGGUGCACCAGAGGAGGAUGAGUUUGACAUGUUUGCCCAGACCAGGGGCAGCUCUCUGGCCGAUCAGAGGAAGAGUAUGCGGUACGAGGACCCAGGAGCAGUGGAAGGACUGGCUGGAGCCCUGGACACCAGGUUACAGGUCACUGGAGCGAUUCCUUCGUCGAAGCCUGGCCCUAAGAACUCCACCCUGGGAGACAUUGACAGAUGGCUGUCUGCGGACACAGAAACGCAACCAGAGGCUGGGGACAGGGAAGGGCUGACCAGUGAGGAGUUUGACAAGUUUCUGGAGGAAAGGGCGAAGGUGGCCGACCACAUUCCCUCAACACACAGCCUGCCCCCCGUCUCGUCCAGGCCCCCGCCACAAUCUGCCCGGCCACAGGAGAGCUCCCAUGACCAGCUUUUCUCACUCUGAGAGAACGACACACAGGUGGACACACAGGUGGACACACAGGUGGACACACAGGUGGACACACAGGUGGACACACAGGUGGACACGUAGUCCUAGCUAACACAUAGGAUGAAUACGCACAGUGCCUUGCUACCUUUUUAAUCAUAGUGUUUCUACUUUCAAAUUAAGAUGUUUUUCAGUCUUCACUUUGUGCUGUUGCUGUAUUUAAAGUCUAUGACAUGAUGACAAGCGGUUAUGCUGUGGUGGCACUUUACUUUACCUUAUCAAUGUGUGUGUGUGUGUGUGUGUAUAUAUAUAUCACCUGAGUAUGCGUGCUUGGUUACACACACACACUGCAUGGUGGUAUUUUUUUAUUGAGUUUUUAUUUAACUAGGCAAGUCAGUUAAGAACAAAUUCUUAUUUACAAUGACUGCCUACACCGGCCUAACCCGGACUCCCAAUCACAGCCGGUUGUGAUAGUCUGGAUUCGAACCAGGGGGUCUAGUGACGCCCCUAGUGCUGAGAUGCAGUGCCUUAGACCGCUGCGCCACUCGGGAGCCCCCACUCUGGUAUCACAUCAUUCAAAAGCCUAUACACUGAGGGUGCAAAACAUUAAGAAUACCUUCAUAAUAUUGACAUCCCCCCCUCUCCCUCAGAACAGCGCCAAUUUGUCUGGGCAUGGACUCUUCAAGGUGUUGAAAGCGUUCAACAGGGUUGCUGGCCCAUGUUGACUCCAAUGCUUCCCACAGUUGUGUUAAGUUGAGUGGUGGACCAUUGAUACACACAGGAAACUGUUGAGCAUGAAAAACCAAGU